GUCGGCCUGGCAGAUCUCACUAAAGGAUAAUACAUUUGAGAGGACAAGAAGCAUUCUCUACACACUGCCAUCAUGACAGAAACAGCCAUAGAUGGUGUUAAAAAGGGGAAGUCAAAGGAGGUUUGCGGCUAUCCUAUCAGCAUUUUCUUCAUUGUUGUAAAUGAGUUCUGCGAGAGAUUCUCCUACUAUGGCAUGCGAGCUGUGCUGGUGCUGUACUUUAGGUACUUCCUCCAGUUUGAUGAUGACCUAGCCACGUCUAUUUACCACACCUUUGUGGCUCUGUGUUACCUGACCCCCAUCCUGGGUGCCAUUAUAGCCGACUCCUGGCUUGGCAAGUUUAAGACCAUCAUCUACUUGUCCAUUGUUUAUGCAAUUGGCCAGGUUGUGAUGGCAGUCAGUGCUGUUAAUGACAUCACGGACAGUGACCGAAAUGGAACGCCAGACAGUUUGACCUUCCAUAUAACAAUGUCCAUGCUGGGUCUGUUACUCAUUGCACUCGGUACAGGUGGUAUCAAACCAUGUGUAGCUGCUUUUGGAGGAGACCAGUUUCAGGACCACCAGGCAAAACAGAGGGGAACUUUCUUCUCUGUUUUCUACCUAUGCAUUAACGGUGGGAGUCUCCUGUCAACAAUCAUCACACCACUCCUCAGAGCCCAGGAGUGUGGCAUCCAUAGCCAGCAAAAGUGUUAUCCUCUGGCCUUUGGUGUCCCUGCUGCACUCAUGGUGGUCUCCCUCGGUUUGUUUCUGUACCAUCUUCACCAUUCCACCUUCCAUGUCCCCAUUCUACCAGUCAUGUCCCCAUUCUACCAGUCAUGUCCCCUUUCUACCAGUCAUGUCCCCUUUCUACCAGUCAUGUCCCCAUUCUACCAGUCAUGUCCCCUUUCUACCAGUCAUGUCCCCAUUCUACCAGUCAUGUCCCCAUUCUACCAGUCAUGUCCCCAUUCUACCAGUCAUGUCCCCUUUCUACCAGUCAUGUCCCCUUUCAACUCAUCAUGUCCCCUUUCUGCCAGUCAUCUCCCAUUCUACAUGCCAUGUCCUGGUCUACCUGCCAUUUCCCAUAAUUGUAUACUUGUUUAUAAUGAUGUGUUGCUGUUUGUUCCCACAGUUGUGUUCAUAGCUGGGAGUGGUAUGUACCAUAAGACUAAACCACAGGGAAAUAUCAUGCUGGCUGUUUGUAAAUGCAUUGGGUUUGCCAUAAGUAACCGCUUCAAGCACAGGAGCAGUGUUCACCCAAAGAGAACACAUUGGAUGGAUUGGGCCGAAGAGAGAUAUGACAAACUUCUCAUUGCACAGAUAAAGAUGGUUCUGAAGGUCCUGUUUCUGUACAUUCCCCUUCCGAUGUUUUGGACCCUAUUUGACCAAAAGGGCUCUAGGUGGACUCUCCAGGCUACCACCAUGGAUGGGAACUUCGGAAUUGCCAUUCUGCAACCAGAUCAAAUGCAGACUGUUAACCCCAUCUUCAUCCUGACUCUGGUACCUAUUAUGGACAAGAUUGUGUACCCACUGAUUAAGAAAUGUGGCUUGAACUUCACCCCUUUGAGGAGAAUGACAGUAGGGAUGUUUCUGGCAGCCAUGGCCUUUGUUGCAGCAGCCGUGGUACAGAUCCAGAUUGAUAAAACCCUGCCAUCUUUCCCAUCAGCCUCCCAGAGCCAACUAAAAUUACUCAACAUGGGCAGUAACACCUUGAUGGUUAAACUAUCAAACAAUUACUCCAUCGAAUUACAAGCAGCUCAGGCCACAGAGAAUUACAUUACAUUUGAAGAAGAAAGCAUCAAGGUCUCAUUGCCGAAUUCUACAAUAUCUAGGACUGUUGUCUUACCAAAGGAAAAGCGCCAAACACUUUUAAUUCCCUCAAAUGUCAGCGCCUCAUGGGAGGUGACUGACGAUUUGAUGAAAAAGCCAGAGCAAGGGGCAAAUGGAGUCAGAUUUGUUAAUGGGCUGGCUGGAACAGUGAAUGUGUCAGCUGGAGCGCAUAGCUUUGGAAGCAUUGGCUCCUCCCAGGCUUCUAACUACUCUUUCCUUUCAAAUGGAAAAGCCACAUUCACCAUUACCAAUGGUGUGAACACAUGUGAAUACUCCAGAGAAUUCGGAUUUGGAAGUUCUUACACUCUGCUUAUUCCCAGUAAUUUCAUGUGGGGUCCCACAUGCUGGGAAUUUAUUUUGGCGGUUGAGGACAUCAAACCCAAUUCCUUCCAUAUGGGCUGGCAGAUCCCACAGUACUUCCUUAUUACCUGUGGAGAGGUGGUGUUUUCUGUUACUGGCCUGGAGUUCUCCUACUCACAGGCACCAAGCAACAUGAAAGCAGUACUGCAAGCCGGCUGGCUCUUCACCGUAGCUGUUGGCAACUUUAUUGUACUGAUUGUGGCAGAGAUUGCACAGAUCGAAGAACAGUGGGCAGAGUUUUUCCUCUUUGCCUCCCUCCUAGUUGCAGUGUGCAUCAUCUUCUCCAUUAUGGCCCAUUUCUAUACCUACACGGACCCUACAGCGAUCGAGGCCCAGUUCAGAGACAAAAGCGACAAUGAAUCACACCAAGAGAGACUUGAAAUGGAGAAGAAACAUUCCAUUGACCAUCAUGAUGAAAAUGAUGAACAGAAACAAACCAAGAUGUAAACAGCCUUUAAAUCCAUUGUGUGUGUGUGUGUGUGUGUGUGUGUGUAGGAGAGAUUAAAAUAGAGAGAAUGAAAAGGUGCAAAAGAGAGAGCUAGUGUGAGCUAAGAUAAAUAGAUCAUAUAUAUCACUUUUAUAAUAGUACAGUUUAGAUAUGCACAAAAUAACUUGAAAUUAAAAUACAGACUAGUUCUGUGAGAUGGCACAACCUUUUAUUAAAAAUAACUGAACAAGGACCCAUCCCAACGUCCCUAGAUCACAGUUCAUUCAGUAUGUUUAUGCAGCAUUAUUUUUAUAUAGAAGGUAGUGUUUUUCAUUUCACUGAAUAAACAUGACUCCCAUGACCAUUGUUUAGGGUCACAUGAUAUGUGGCUUAGGAGCAACAUUCUGUAUUGUUAAUGUUAUUUGCAUUACUAUUACAUUAAUGGUAAAAGAAGAACUGGUUUGGCAAGUCCAAUGCUUUAUAAAAUAUUGAUUGUUAUAAACAUAAUGACAACACACCUCCAAGACGACUAUUGCCUUGCUAAAGAAGCUGAGGGUAAAGGUGAUGGACUGACCAAGCAUAUCAU